UUACAUCACCCUGCCGUUGACAUUUCACGCCGCAGCUCAAUAACAUUUGUAAAAGCGACACGAUGAAGUUCAGGGGAGGAAAUUGAAGGGAAAACGUUGUGUUUUUGGACUGAAAGACUGGGCAAGCGGUACGGGAAGGAUGUCUCAGGUGCUGAGGCUUCUCUCGGCGGCCACCCUGCCUCUCUACCGGGCUGCCGGAGCCCGAGCGCGGCUCUCCGCGGUGACGGUAGGACGGCUUUUCACAGCCCGAUACCGAAGCUCCGCUGCCCCGAACGUCGGUCGGACUCCAGCUGACUUCCUGUCCUGUCGCAGGUUCCAGGCGGCUCAGCGACGACUGUACUCCACUGAACCCAAAGAUGGAAAAGGAGGAGGAGCAGGUAGACCAGGUGGAGGGAAGAGAGGAGGAAGUGGCGGAGGAAAAGACUGGUGGAGCCGAAUGCAAAAGGGUGACUUCCCCUGGGAUGAGAAGGAUUUCCGUUACUUGGCGGUCACCGUGGCCGGACUCAGUUCGGCUCUGCUCUACUUCUACUUCAGAGACAACGGCAAAGAGAUCAGCUGGAAGGACUUCGUCCACCGCUACGUGGGCAGAGGAAUGGUGGAACGUUUAGAGGUCGUCAACAAACAGUAUGUCAGAGUCAUCCUGGCGCCGGGAGCCGACGCUGAUGCGAGCUACGUUUGGUUCAACAUCGGCAGCGUCGACACGUUUGAGAGGAACCUGGAGGCGGCGCACAUGGAGCUCGGCUUGGAGGCGUCACACCGACCAGCUGUCGUCUACAGCACCGAGAGCGACGGCUCUUUUCUGAUCAGCAUGGUACCGACCAUGCUGCUGAUUGGCUUCCUGCUCUUUACCCUGCGGCGAGGACCAAUGGGAGGAGGCCCCGGUGGCGGGAGGGGCGGGCCCUUCAGUAUGAGCGAGUCUACGGCGAAGAUGAUGAAGGACAACAUUGAAGUGAAGUUCAAGGACGUGGCCGGCUGUGAGGAGGCCAAGCUGGAGAUCCUGGAGUUCGUCAACUUCCUGAAGAACCCACAACAGUACCUGGACCUCGGAGCCAAGAUCCCCAAGGGUGCUAUGCUGUCCGGACCUCCUGGGACGGGGAAGACUCUGCUGGCUAAAGCCACAGCCGGAGAGGCCAACGUCCCUUUCAUCACUGUAAAUGGCUCCGAGUUCCUGGAGAUGUUUGUGGGCGUCGGUCCUGCCAGGGUGAGGGACAUGUUCUCCAUGGCGAAGAAGAACGCCCCCUGCAUCCUCUUCAUCGAUGAGAUCGAUGCGGUGGGGAGGAAGAGGGGAGGAGGGAACUUUGGAGGUCAGAGUGAACAGGAGAACACUCUGAACCAGCUGCUGGUGGAGAUGGACGGUUUUAACACGGCUACUAAUGUGGUGGUCCUGGCUGGAACCAACAGACCCGACAUCCUGGAUCCUGCCCUGAUGAGACCGGGUCGCUUUGACAGGCAGAUCUACAUAGGUCCCCCAGACAUCAAGGGCAGGGCGUCCAUCUUUAAGGUCCACCUGCGACCAAUCAAAAUUGACCCCAGCUUGGACAAAGACAUUCUCGCCAGGAAGAUGGCCGCCGCCACCCCGGGAUUCACAGGAGCCGACAUCGCUAACGUCUGCAACGAGGCAGCUCUGAUCGCAGCCAGACACCUGAACCCGUCCGUCAACGGCAAACACUUCGAACAGGCCAUCGACCGGGUCAUCGGAGGUCUGGAGAAGAAGACUCAGGUCCUGCAGCCCACAGAGAAAAAGACCGUAGCGUAUCACGAGGCCGGUCACGCCAUCGUGGGCUGGUUCCUGCAGCACGCAGACCCACUGCUGAAGGUGUCGAUCAUCCCGCGGGGGAAGGGUCUGGGUUACGCCCAGUACCUGCCCAGAGAGCAGUACCUGUACACCAGGGAGCAGCUGUUCGACAGGAUGUGCAUGAUGCUGGGAGGCCGCGUGGCCGAGCAGGUCUUCUUCGGCAAGAUCACCACCGGAGCUCAGGACGACCUGAAGAAGGUCACACAGUCCGCCUACGCUCAGGUGGUGCAGUUUGGGAUGAGUGACAAGGUGGGGCAGGUGUCGUUCGACCUGCCCCGGCAGGGUGAGAUGGUCAUGGAGAAGCCGUACAGCGAGGCCACGGCCGAGCUGAUUGACGAGGAGGUCCGAGAGCUGGUGGAGCGAGCGUACCAGAGAACCAUGCAGCUCAUUGAGGACAAGAAGGAGCUGGUGGAGAUGGUGGGGAAGCGUCUCCUGGAGAAGGAGGUCCUGGACAAGGCGGACAUGUUGGAGCUGCUGGGCCCACGGCCGUUCGACGAGAAGUCGACGUACGAGGACUUUGUGGAGGGGACGGGGAGCUUCGAGGAGGACACGAGUCUGCCUCAGGGCCUCCGAGACUGGAACCAGGAGAGAGGAGAGGAGGCCGAGGACACGAGCCCGGCUCAGGACAAACAGCAGGCCGUGUAGAGUCCGA